CUCUCUCUCAAUUGCCCAUCUUGCCCGUGCUCUCUGUUUCUAACUGCCCGACUGCCCCCAGCUGAACACUUUCCCUCUUUCUCAAGCACUCCCCCCUCUCUCUCUCUCUCUCUCUCUCUCGGCCUUUUUGACUAAAAUUUCACAAACUGCUGGUUUUCAUUUGUAAUCCGUUGUGUUUGAUUGGUUUUCAUCGAUUUAGAUUUAGAUUUAGAUUUAGAUUUAGAUUUAGAUUUAGAUUUUUUGAGAUGGGUUCUCUCUGCUAUCACUAAAUUUUUGAGCUUUUGACCAAAGUUUUCAACUGGGUCUGAGUGGCUUUAAUUCCAGUUUGUUUGGGGUUUUGAUGGGUUUUGACUAAAGCUCUCUUUUUUAUAAAUAAAGUUUGAGCUUUUAUUGAUAGUUUUGAGAGAAGAAGAUGGGUUUAGGUCCUGAAUCUAUGAAGGUGGAGAAGUGGGUUGUGGAUAAAUCGAAGGAGAAGAAGAAGUCGAAAAGAAAUGAGGCAGGGAGAGAGGAAGAGACUGGGUGUUGGGUCAAAUUGAGGAUUAUGGGAAGCUGCAUGCCUUCAACUUCAAGAUCAAAAGUUGAUUCUUCUAUGAGUGGCAUUAGUACCCAACACGUAGACAAUAAGCCUGCAAACGAGAAAAGCAGAGGUCCGCCAAUUGUUCCAAAUAGGUCCUCUACAACCACUAGUAAUGCUGAAAGUGCUUCGUCAACACCAAAAUUCAGUGAAGAACUGAAGAUAGCUUCUCAACUUCGGAAGUUUACAUUUAAUGAGCUAAAAUUAGCAACUCGGAACUUCAGACCUGAGAGUCUUCUUGGUGAGGGUGGUUUUGGUUGUGUUUUCAAAGGUUGGAUAGAAGAGAAUGGAACUGCUCCUGUGAAACCUGGAACUGGGCUUACUGUUGCUGUUAAAACCCUCAACCUUGAUGGACUUCAGGGCCAUAAAGAGUGGUUGGCUGAAGUUAAUUUCCUUGGCAACCUUCGUCAUCCCAAUUUGGUUAAAUUGAUUGGUUAUUGCAUUGAAGAUGAUCGUAGGCUGCUGGCGUACGAGUUUAUGCCACGAGGAAGUUUGGAGAACCAUCUAUUUAGAAAAGGGUCCUUGCCUCUUCCGUGGGCGAUCAGGAUGAAAAUUGCGCUCGGCGCUGCGAAGGGUCUUGCUUUUCUUCAUGAAGAGGCUGAAAGGACGGUGAUAUACCGUGACUUUAAAACAUCUAAUAUUUUAUUAGAUGCGGAUUAUAAUGCCAAACUUUCUGAUUUUGGACUCGCUAAAGAUGGUCCCGAGGGAGAUAAAACUCAUGUAUCUACUCGGGUUAUGGGAACUCAUGGCUAUGCUGCCCCUGAAUAUGUACUGACCGGACAUUUGACAUCCAAGAGUGAUGUCUAUAGCUUUGGAGUAGUUUUACUGGAAAUGAUGACGGGUCGUCGAUCUAUGGACAAAAACCGGCCAAAUGGGGAGCACAACCUUGUCGAAUGGGCAAGGCCGCAUCUUGGAGAUAGGAGAAGGUUCUAUCAGUUAUUAGAUCCUCGUCUCGAAGGUCAUUUUUCUAUUAAAGGUGCUCAGAAAGCAGCCCAGCUUGCUGCACAAUGUCUCAGCCGUGACCCCAAAGCCCGACCUCGAAUGAGCGAAGUUGUUGACACCCUGAAACCUUUGCCAAACCUCAAGGAUAUGGCCAGCUCUUCUCAUUACUUCCAAACCAUGCAAGCAGAUCGUUCCCAGAUGAACAUGAAUGCCAAAAGUGGCGGUAAACCUCAGGGAGGAUUCAUAACAAGGAAAGGACAACCAGUUAGGAGCCUAUCCAGUCUUAAUGUUCCUCAAGCUUCUCCUUACCGACAUUCUAGUCAGUCACCAAGACCUGACGUGAAAGAGUCGUAACAGGGCAGUUUGUGCACUUGUACCAUGACUUUGACUAUGCUUCAGCUUCUCAAGAUUUAAGUUAUUAUGAUAGGCAGCUGACAUUCCAGUUAUCAUGGGCGGCUGAAUGCACAAGAUUUUAUGUGCAUCAUAUUGUUUAACGCACAUGAUUUUGUACUGUUAGAUCU